AUGGAUGAACGUCUCUCUUCCCAACUGGAACGCUAUGCCAGCCAGGUAGCUUCUAGUGCCGGCCUCAUCGCCGAACACCUUAGGUCACUCAAAGACAACCCGUCGAUGCUGCCUAACCAGACCACACUACCAACAACAAUUGGCGCAGCCAAACUUGAGUUGGAGGAAGCCGCAAUUCAGCUGCUCCAUCUAAUCCGGGACCCAGGUGAUGUGCUGACAAAUUUAACGAUUCACACUUUUGUGCCACAGGAUGCCACGAUCUCAUACCAAGAGCUGUCUCACAUGGCAAACGUUCCAGAGAAACUCUUGCGCAGCUACCUACGACUCGUCAUGACCGGUCACUUGUUCCAAGAGUACGGAACAACGGGAAAGGUUGGCCACAGCCCUGUAUCGCGCAAGCUAGCCGGUGACCCGACCUUGGACUAUUGGGGCCAGUACUUUGCUAAGACCGUUUUCCCAACUGCGGCCAAAAAUGUGGAUGCGACUGCUACUUGGCCAGAUAGCAAUAAAUUGAAUGAAACGGCGCAUAAUCUUGCCUUCGACCACCAUGGCUCCUUCUUCGACUACAUAUCGCAGGAUCCUGCCCGCACGGUUGAAUUCGCCAAUUCCAUGAUGGCGGUGUCCACUACCAAUCUGUUUGACACUUCGCAUUUAUGCAAAAGUUUCGACUGGUCAUCGCUCGAUGACGGGGUCGUAGUCGAUAUAGGCGGCUCUACUGGUCAUGUCAGUGUAAGCCUAGCAGAGAGCUUUCCGAGCCUACGCUUUGUGGUGCAAGACCGCCCAGAGGUUGUUCUUAACAGCAUCCAGCGACUGGAAGAGCGCGAGCUGCCCCUCUCAGUGACUACUCGCAUCCGGUUUCAGGGCCAUUCCCUCUUCCACUUGCAGCCAGUUAAGGGUGCUGCCGUAUAUCUGCUGCGCCAAAUUCUCCAUGACUGGCCGGAUCAGGAAGCUGUUCAGAUUCUUCGCAACAUUUUGCCUGCUCUGGAACCAAAGAGCAGGAUCUUCAUCGCUGACAUAGUUCUGCCAGAAACGGGCUCUAUCCCGGCUACUCAGGAACGGGUGAUGCGCUGCAAUGAUCUACUGCUUCACCAAUUUACCAACACGCUGGAGAGAACGCUGAAGGAUUGGCUGGCCAUCGUCCGUCAAACCGUAGUAUGGCCGGGUAUCACCGAACGUGCCGCCAAUGAUGAUGGCUUGCAAUUCUCCAUAUGA